UUAUCCUAAAUUCAAAAAACUUCAGAGAUUACAUGUCACUCACGUUUUGAUUACUUUUUUUAAUUGAAAAAUCUUUUAACGAUGGAUGCUGAAUAUGAAGAGUUAUACAAGUGGAUCGAAGAACAUAAAAUAUCUCGACCCAAACGUAACAUAAACCGCGAUUUUUCCGAUGCAAUACCUCUUAUUGAAAUCCUAAAAGUACAUUACCCCAAACUUGUGGAAGUGCACAAUUACAGUCCAAAAAACUCCUUCGCUCAGAAAAUAAUCAACUGGGAAACUCUUAACAAUAAAGUAUUAAAGAGAAUAAAAGUCAACUUGACCAAAAAAAGGAUUGAACAACUGGCAAAAGCUGAACCUGGUGUAAUAGAAAAAGUCCUUUUAGAUUUAAAAAAGAAAGUUGAAUCAAAAGAUACAAAUAACGACAAUUACGAAAUCCUUUACCUAGAAGGAAGUCCAUCUUCAGCAAGUAAGAACGGAACUACUAAAAAAGUGAUAACACACGCAGCGUUUGAAAAACUGCAAGCAGAUCUUGCGGAAAAAACUGAGGCAGUCUCCAUACUGAAAAAUAAAGUAGACCACCUGGAAAAUUUAUUAAACAUCAAAGAAGAAAGAAUUAAAGAUCUGAGUUUGCAGCUGCAAACUAUAGUCAACCAAUCGUCAAGACCUGAAUCUGGUCAAGGUUCAAAGUUUUUCGGUUUUUUUCAAUCCGCUAAUCUAGUAUCUGAUCCAAUCAAAAACGAAUAACGUAAUGUAAUUUAUUGGAAAUAAAGCGUCUCAAAAACA